AUGGACGAGACUACAAUGGACGAGACUACAAUGGGCGAGACUGAAUGCGAAAUAUAUGAUCCUUUCGACAGCCUGAGCCCCUUUGAACGCCCCGAAACCAUGUCAAAGGCGUUGUCACAGUUUGGAGAACGCAUGAGAGACAACAACCAGCGGAUUCUCAAACGCGUACUGGACAUCAUUGCAAGCACUGACGGCGAUGAAGAAUUGCACCUCAACAUAUUGGCAACACAUCUGGACAAAUGGUCCUCUGAAACAGUUUACACCAGGACUCGUACUGAUGACAUCGAAAACACGUUAUUCUGGGAUCCCACGAUUACACGACUUCGCGACUUUGAACCGUGGGAUUGGAGUAUCUCAGAGCUCGAACACGCCGAGGAUCCAGAGAAAUCAAGGGCUCAUGCCGCGGACUUCUUGAAAGAUCUUGAGCUCGCCGUGCGCGCAAAGGCAUGCAGAAAUUUUCUCGGUGAUGAUGCAGUAGACAACUUGCGACUGCCAGCCGAAUACUACGAAUUCGCCAGACAAUGCGGAGGUUUGGCCUCUGCAAACUACGAUCGCCAAGUGUUUCUCUGUGAUUUUUCCUCCGAGAUGUAUUGCCCAAAAGAACUGGCAGAGCCAUUGGACAAGAUCGAGCAAUUCUCGGGUGCCAGUUACGAUUUCUAUUUUGCUGCAGGGUGGAAAGCAGGCGAAAACUAUGACAACUGUAUCAUUUACUAUGCUCUUACCUAA